UGCAGGGGACGAGACAGCUGAGGAGGCGAAUGGGGAGGAGGUGGGGAGUUUAGAGGAGGCCAGAAAACUGAUAAAAGACUUGAGAGAGAGACAUCGCAUGCAGGCGCUACAGGUUAUGAUUUGGAGGAGGAGAAUGAAAGCUCAGGAAGACUUGGUCGCACGCCUAUGUCAGGAUCGCAGCUCGCAGUUGCGUGUGCUAAGCUCACAGCUGUUGCUGUUCGAGGCGCGACUGUGUCGCAAGCAGCGCGACAUCAGCAGCGCCCUGUCGCAGCGGGAAGCGGUCAUCAGCCGGCAGCAGCGGGUCAUUCGCUCACUGCAACAGCGGCUGGCCGACGCCGGAUUGGCGGAGGCGGCUGAAGAGGCCAACCUAGAUUCGCUCAACGACAGCGAUAGUGCUGUUAUAAUGGAGGAUGACGAUUACAGACCAUUCCACGGCCUGUCAGACGGCGUGACGAUUGUGCGCAGCGUAAGCGACGCAGUCGAACUGCCGCCGACGGGCAAAUACCCGCCGCUACGACGCAGCAACGGUUUUCUGCGGCGACCCGAGAUCCUCGAAACCGUCUACAGCGUCGAAGAGGACCCGGACGGCGACCAAACCUGCCUGGGGGCCGAUUCCGGGGGCCCCCAAACGCCCCAAAACCCCCCGAGUCACCCGCAAUCGUGCCCCGAGGACUCUUGGUCGCAAAAACGCAGCCGCCUAAAGGAGAUGUACUACGGAAGCUUCGAGAAACUGGAUCAUACGGGUUUCGAGCAACUCGAACGAACUCCAGACGAGCAAUCGUCUCAGCCACCCUGUCACGUGACCUACAACAGGGUGAUGAGCAACCAUAGGUCGGUGACUAAGCCCAAGGAUGUCAAGUAUAAGCGCAUCAACAAGGCUAAGUCGAAAUCGCUGGAGGAGCUUAGAGGUAGGUUGAAGAAUUGGGUGGAAAAGGGUAAUAAACUGGCCGUUUCGUUGGACCAGUCGUUUGCCUGACUGUGCGUCAAGGGGGGUGGGGGAGGCGGCAGUGGUGGAAAGGGGGGUGAGGGGAAGUAGAGGCAGAUAACUUAAUAACUGGAUAACUUGAUACUAUAGGCACGAUAACUUGGUUGAACCAUGUUGAAAACUAUGAAGAUCAAGUUGAAAGCUAGAAAAAGUUGAAUUUGUAGAAAAUAUGAAGAGAAUAUUUUUAAAAUGUAUAAAUUCAGGGCUACUUUCUUCUAUUUAUAAAAUAGAAUUAUAGUACCCUUUAAAAUUGAUAAAAUAUUAAAA